CAAGCACUGGCUUUAGCUCUUGUGUUUGGCGACCAUGCGCAAGCUCUUCAGAAUCCUCCUGAAACUUGUUCAGCUGUGUCUUCUCUUUCUCAUCUGUAUCGCAGUUGCUCUGUCUUGCGUUGCGCUCCUUGCGCAAGCCGUGCGCCAUUCACCCAAUCAGACGUGGACGGGAAACUUCAAUGCCGUCAUCAUAGGAGGGUCGUAUGUCUUCGUCCUAAUUAUAUCGUUGCUCUUCUGCGUCAAACGGCGACUAGCUGUGCACCUGCGCAUGCAACGGAUUACGAAGGCACAUCGAAUACUGCGGCGUGGAGAUAUUCCGAACUCUGUUCAUGAGUAUAUCACGCAAGAGUACAUCCGCACUUGUUUGGUAGCACAUGACUCCCUACCGACGGAUGUGUGCCAUCCAGGAUGGGGCCGGCCCGGCUCGAAGUACGAAGGUGUGCAUUUCCGACGCACUCUUCUGGAUACGAUCCCUGAGAUCGAUGUUCUCGCACGCUUGGUGAUGCCGUCACAUCCUACUCUCAAGCCCCACGUCAGAAUGCUCCAUCACUUUCGGUUCAUCCUGCCGCUGUUGAAUUCUGACGAGGAAGAGUUCACGCCGUUACAUUACUAUGACUCGGCUAUCCAGCUAGCUCGCUACUCAGCGGAAGAACCCACUGAAGAAGAAUUCGUCCUUGGCUUCCAGUCUGCUGCAGAAAUUAAACGCAGCUUGAACGACUGUCGACUCGAGGCCCUUGAGCCCUCCCUGACCGAAUUUUCCGAAUCCACAGAAUCAUGA